UUAAUUAAAUUAAACAUACUUUUUUGAAAAUUCGCUCGAUGGAAUUGAGGUUAUGUCAUAAUUUUUUGUGAGGUUAGUAUGUGCGUUUUUUGACAAGGACCUUUGAAAUUUAAACAACUGCUUCAAAAUUACGUGUAAUUUCCAAAAACCACUGAACUUAAGUGAGAGCAUGUGAUUGAAAUUCUAGAAAUGUCCUUAACUUCAGUUUUGCAAAAUUUCCGUGUCCUGAGUACUCGACAUUCUUUAAAAUGUGUGUCAGUCGCCAAAUCGUUAUCGUCAAAGGCCCCCCCGCAAGGCGUUUUGAAAAAACUAGACCCAGACACUGGGAAGUUACAAAUUAAGAAAACAAACAUAGUGCCUAAGAUCACCCUAGUUUCGGGUGAUAAUGUCUCGAUUACAACUCUCCAAGAGGCCGAGAAACUGUCAAAACGUCGGGAUUUAAAACUGGUGAAGAUUGUGGACGUUGAUGCAAAGACUCAAAGACCUGUCUACCAGUUGAUGACAGGGGAGGAAUAUCACGCUGAAGAUUUGAAACAACGAGAGAAACGCAAAGAAGAAAGGCAGAAAAACAUCAAAGGAGAAAAAGUCCUUCUCCUCAAUUGUAGAAUCACCCAGCAUGAUCUCACCAUCCAACUCAAAAAAGCGCUCAAGUGGUUGCACAAAAUGUAUGAAGUUAGAGUGGUUAUAAGCGGGGCGCAUGGAAAUGUAGAAGUUGCUGAAAAGAUUUAUUCAUCAAUUGACCAAUUCUUCAAAGUGGAAGAAGUUGAUGCAAGGCUGGUACAAAAGAGAACCAAAGGAUCUGAUAUCAAAUUCCAAAUUACACCUCCAGCUUAUAAGGAGAGGAAGGAUUUAUGACUAGUCCUAACGACUGUAGCAACUGUGGUCUUUAUCAAAUACCUUGUUUGGGUAUUUAUUUACAAGAAGUACUUCAAGAAGAGUUGAUUUAUUGUUCUGUUAUGUAUCUUUGUAAUGUAACAUUCGUUUACGAAUAAAUUUAAUUAUACAGUA